AUGAAACAACUGUUGAGCAAGGAGAAAAAGUACAAGAAGCAUUUAAAGAAAAUUGCUGAGUUGACCGAAGAAAAAGACUCCCUAUUAAAGCAGCUGUCAGAAUACAAGAAGAAAAGUAGUGCUGGGACAGAUGUGUUAGCUGAUCUCAAUGACUCAGACUUUUCUAACUCAUCAGAGUCAUUCAGGCAAGCGGCAUCUUACUCCUCUACAUCAUCUUCCUUGUCUUCUUCAUCCUCCUCCUCCUCCUCCUCCUCCUCAUCUUCUGAUUAUCAGAGAAAGAAAGUAAAAAAGCACAACAAGUACAAGAAAAAGAAGAACCAGAAGGGGAAGAAGAAGAAAGAGAAGAUAAGGAAGGAAAGAAACUUUUUAAAGAGAGCUGUAAAUCCAAAGCACGUUGUAAAGAGAUACAAAAAGGUCUUACGUCAUUUCAGGCAAGGGAAGAACUUGAGGUGUUGUUACAAGGCGGUUGGAGUGGACAGGAACACAGUGGUUGCUAGUGCUGCAAUUGCAAAACUUGCCAUUGUGUCUCAGACGAAGUAUAAAGAACUCCUACAAGGCUACUCCAGAGGCCAGAAGCUGCAGACCUUUAUCCAGAAGUGUUCAGAUGCCUUAAGCAAUGAUCCCACACUUUUGUCAGAGGUAGAUCAGUUGAAAAAGAAUGGAAAGCUUCUCCCCAUAAUUAAGAGAAAGUAA